AGGCAACAGCCAGAAAAGAACUAAGCAAGAAGGCUAGCUGCGCUUCCUUUUUCCCCUGAAAAGUGAUAUAAAAUCCCAACAGCCAGCACUAACCCAAUCAAGCCCAGACCAAAACCCACAAAACCAAAAAAACCUCCCCCUUCUCUCUGCAGUUACAGCCCCAAUAAAGAAACCGGGGAAAAAGAAAGCAAGAAACAGCAAUGGCGGCACUAGAUUUGGAGAUCGGUUCUUCGUCGUCAUCAUCGUCGAUGCCGCCGAAGGUGAUAAGGUUCCUCUCCUGCCUCCUGCAGCGAGUCGCCGACUCCAACGACGUCAUGAUGACCCAAUUCUGCGGCGGCGGCGGCGGCGGAGGAUCGAUGUCGAUCUUCCACGGGCUGAGCCGGCCCAACAUUUCCAUCCACAGCUACCUGGAGAGGAUCUUCAAGUACGCCAAUUGCAGCCCUUCCUGCUUCGUCGUCGCCUACGUUUAUCUGGAUCGUUUCGCGCAGAAGCAGCCUUCGAUUCCCAUCAGUUCGCUCAACGUCCAUCGUCUCCUCAUCACCAGCGUCCUCGUCUCCGCCAAGUUCAUGGACGACAUGAUACUACAACAAUGCGUACUACGCGAAAGUUGGGGGGAUCAGCAGAGAAGAGAUGAAUCUGCUGGAAGUGGAUUUCCUGUUCGGGAUCGGAUUCGAAUUGAAUGUGACACCAACCACGUUCCACACUUAUUGCUCCCACCUCCAAGCUCAGAUGGCGAUUCUCCAAUCCCCUCCUUUCCCUUUACAGCUUGUGGAUCCGACGGUUGAAAUGGACAUGGCAGCCGCAGCCUCAGCCGCCAGAUCAUCGUUAAGCGUUCACCAUUGCUGCUACAAUGAGGACGAUUCGACCCAUCAGCAGCAACUCGCUGUUUGAUUCAUACUCUGUCCUUUCCCUUUUGAUCUUUUCGUUUUGUUUGGUUUCUAGAUCGAGUAGUUUUUGUGUAGGUGGGAAGGGCGAUGAGUUUUGGGUUCAACAAUUUGCCCACUUUUUUUUGGCUAUGUGAAGUUUGGAAGAACUUUGGGGGGGCGAUUUUUCUUGUAAGCUACUUCACGGGAAAGUGCGUAAUGGUCAAAUCUCUCAUUUGGCACAGCUGCUGCCGCAAUACACUUUUGGAGAAAACUAUUUCUGCGUUCUGCUGCUGCUCUUUGUUUGUCUUUUCAUAUGGGUUAAAUCUGUUACAAUUUACA